AAAAGCAGCAGAGACUGAAAGAAGUCAUCUCUGGUCUGAACGCCAGAAAUGUAGACCCAACAGACCACAAAACGUAUGUUGUCCGUAGGGACAAUGUGUGGCGGGCUCUUAAAGACAAAUUGUUAAAGAAAAACUUUGACGCCUCCAAAAUGGUCAAAGUUAAAUUCAUUGGAGAGGAGGACACACUAGACUUUGGCGGGCCCAAAAACGAAAUGUUUCGGAUGGCCCUGCAGGGCAUUUUCGAAACAAGUGGGCUGUUCGAGCCUAGCCCACAUGGCUACUUGCCAAUCAGUUCACCCAUUGCCAUUGUGAAUGGGGAUUUUGAGAUGGCAGGUAAGGCAAUGGCCAUGUCCAUUGUACAUCUGGGGCCGGCACCCAGCUGUCUUCACCCUGCCAUUGUGUCGGCUUUGUGUGGGGAGGAUAUCCCAGACAUGUCUGGAUUUCAUCCUGUUGACCGUGAAGCGGCAGCCUUUGUGACAAAGCUUGAAAGUGCAACCGAGGGGUCGUUGAAAGACAUACUUGAGUCUGACGAAGGACUCAACAUCACAAGCAUGGCAGGGUGGCACAAGACUGCGGGAAGUACGACCCUUGCUGACAUACCAACUCUGCGGAAAGCCCUGUGUCUGCAGGACCUUGUAAUAUCCAGGAAGGCCGCGAUUGAACACCUAAAACAAGGGCUGGACCUGCUGGGGCUCAGGAAAGCCUUGGAGGCCGAGCCUCAACUCCUUGCAGAGCUUCUGUGUAAGUCGACAAAGAAGACAACUGCCACCAACAUCAUCGACAUGAUGGUGUGCAAGUUUUCGGCUGAAGGGUCGAGCAGAAAGAAUGUGCAGAAAGAUGUGUUUGACAAGCUCUGCUCAUGGAUGGACGAUGUUGAGUCAGGCUCAACUCGUGUGACCCUUGGAGAGUUCCUGCAGUUUUUCACUGCACUGGAUGCUGAGCCACCAACAGGGUGGCCCAUGGAGCCAAUGGUCGCAUUUGCUGCAGAGUGUCCAGUUGGCUGCAGGUGCCUACCUGUAGCCAACACCUGUUCCUUUUGCCUAACUCUACCAUUGCACAUGGCUAACCUAUCUAGUGAUGAGUUCUCCAAUGCAAUGGAAGAAUCCAUCAUCAGUGGGAAGUGCUUUGGGAGAGCAUAGUAAUGUCGGUUAGUAGUUAUAUAAUAAUAGUUUUAGUAACUGGAAGUUUGUGCUUUCUUGAUUUUAGAAUAUGACAUUGAGUAGAGUUUUCGAUCCUUUCUAUGUUGUUACCAGGUGCACAUCUACAUUGUAGGUCUGAAAUACUUGCUUGCCUGUUCAACAGUUCUCUGUACAAGAUGAAGUUUGUAUUGAUCUUCAGUUAGUAGUAAUAGUUUUAGUAACUGGAAAUUUGUGUUUUAUUCUGUUACUCAUAUCUAA